AUGGUUAUUGUGGGCUCGAGGGCUUCGUACUUUAGUCCCUGCUUUUCCCGUCUUUCAGACCCUUUUCGACUCUUCCGGGUCUCGUCAUACAGAAGAACGCAUCAGGAGAUGGAGCUUGAAAUCCCAGCCAUCCACCCCGCGGUCGCCGUCAAAGCUCCAAGGGAGCCACUCAUCCUCAUCGACGCUCCAACAUAUCCACCUGAGACCGGUGAGGUCAUCGUCAAGGUGGAAUGGACGUCUUCGACACCUUAUCAUUUGCAUCAAGCCGAUGGCGGUUUGAUGAUUGACAUGUUUCCUCGGAUCCUCGGAGACACCUUUGCAGGCACCGUUCUCCUUGUUGGCCCGGGCCCGCAUCAUGUCUCUGUUGAGGUCGGAGACAAAGUUAUGGGAUACUCGUUUCGCGAUGUUAAGGAUGGCAAAGAGAAAGCUGCACAGACGCUUAUUACUGUACCGACUUUCUUACUGGGCAAAAUACCAAAAGGCUUAACCAUGCAAGAGGCUGUAACCGUUCCUGACAACAUUGUCACUGUUUUUCAGGCCGCCGUCAUCGAUCUUGGGCUGCCGUUGCCGUGGCCUAUCCCGGAAGGGUGGAGUCCACCGGAGGCCGAUGCGCCGAUCCUUCUAUGGGGCGGCGCCGGGAGUGUCGGCAUGUACGCCAUCGAAGUCUUUAGGCAUUGGGGGUACAAGAAUCUUGUUGCCGUCGCGAGUACGAAACAUCAUCGAUAUCUCACUUCACUUGGUGCAGCAGCUUGUUUCGAUUACCACGACCACUAUGUGCUUGAUAAGAUUCGAGAAUAUCUCGGGCCGAAGGGUGUGCCAUAUGUGAUUGACUGCAUCGGACAUUUAUCGGGCUCAUUGGCGCCAAUCACCCAACUAGCCGAGCGGGGGACAAAGGUGGCAGUAAUGCUGCCUGUUGUCAUUGCCGAUCCUACCGAAAUCCAAGCACCUAUUUAUCAAAAGACUGAGCCUGCGGAGGGCCAGUGGAAGGAUGGUGUCAUUGUAAAGGGCGUCCGAACGCACUCUUAUCUCAAGAACAAGCUCUUCAAGGACAAAAUGCAAUGCGAAAUUAUCCCAACCCUUCUCGAGCAGAAAGUGGUCCGCCCGAACCCACAGAGAAUUGUGGAGGGCGAGACGCUGCUAGAACGAGCUCAGGAUGCCAUUGUUCUUUUGAGGAACAAGGCCACAAGCGGUGAGAGACUGGUGUGGAGGGUUUCAGAGGACGAUGCUGUGGAAGCUCAGAUGUCGAAUUGGCCAGGUUUUGAUCGAUCAUAG